AUGAUCAGCAACGGACCAUUACUAGUACUUGCUUCUCAAUUUGUUGCUGUAAUGAUUCAUGGCUUGGCCAAGUUCCUAGAGACAACCGCCUCGGUAGACCCCCAACAGAUUCUCCAAGUCCGUAUGUUCAUCACUUUGAGUAUCAACAGUCUCUUCCUCACGAUACGCUAUCCGAAAGAGCUGCCUCUUGGUAAGAAAAGUGUUAGAGGUCUGCUCAUACUGAGAAGUCUGGGUGGCAUUUGUGGUUCAGCUGGAUUUUAUUGUGGGUAUCCUGUCAAUCGUUUGACAUCAGAUUCUCUGCAGUAUCUUCCUCUAGCAGACGCAACAACUUUGAACCUCCUCGCACCCUUGGGAGCUAGCCUCGUCACAACAAAAAGAUUAACCUUGAUACAGAUUGGUUCCAUAGCAAUCUGUUUCCUUGGUGUGGUACUUAUCACUAAACUAAGUUUCAUCACCGACCUGCUUUACUACAAUGAUGGAUAUGAUCCCCAGAAGACUUGGAACCCUCAGUCGCGGCAGGGACUGGCCUGUGCAAUGAUCGGGGUGCUGGGCGGAGUAUGCGCUUACUCUUCAAUUUUCAAGAUCGGGACACGAUCACACCCACUUGUGACAACUAACUGUUUUGCCACUGGCAUCCUGAUAGUGAGCAGUGUUUGUUUUGCUGCCGCCCCAGGAGUCAACUUCAACUUUAAUCUAGGCUUGUUACAGUGGUCUAUAAUGGGGUGUAUUGGGCUCUCUGGAACCUUCAUGGAGUACCUUCUCACAGCAGGGCUUUCUGAUGAAGGUAAUGGUUAUGCCGUUCAUAUGAUCUACUGCCAGGUGGUUCUUGCCCUCGUUGCGGAUUGGCUGAUCUGGCAUACUAUACCUGAUGUCACUUCUGGCAUGGGUGCGUUGACAUUGAAAUGGCACCUUACACGCGAAUUUUAG